GUGGGAGAGACAGCAGCUAGAGACUACAGAGGCACACAAUAUGUGCUGGCUCUCGCCGAAAAGGAGGCAGUAUUCUUCAAGCUGAAUCAUGUAAUGUACACGGCGUAAGGAAAGCGAUUUUAUCUUUUCGUCAAUUAAAAAACACCACCCGAUAGGAGGAACCAUGUCCAAGCCAGCGGAGAGGAACAGAUUGAACGAGGACCAUGGCAGAAAGCAGAGUUCAAGCUUGGCCAACGGCAUGGAUGUCUGCGGCUCGGCGGAGAAGCGCAGUCACCACUGGAGAAGUUACAAGUUGAUCAUCGACCCGGCGCUGAAGAAAGGACCGCACAAACUGUACCGCUACGACGGGCAGACUUUCAGCAUGCCCAACCCCGGGAUACCGCCGGUGGACAUCGUCCGAGAUCCGAGGAUCGGUCGUCUCUGGACCAAAUACAAGGAGACGGACCUGCCGGUGCCUAAAUUUAAGAUCGAUGACUGUUACAUCGGCCCCGUUCCUCCGAAGGAGGUGACGUUCGCCAGGCUCAACGACAACAUCAGGGAAGGGUUUCUUACCGACAUGUGCAAAAAAUUUGGAGAAAUCGAGGAGGUCGAGAUCCUUUACAAUCCGAAAAACAAAAAGCACCUGGGAAUAGCCAAAGUUGUUUUUGAAGCCGUGAAGUCAGCCAAGGUCGCUGUUCAGUCGCUCCACAACACGUCUGUGAUGGGAAACAUCAUCCACGUGGAGCUGGACCCGAAAGGUGAGAAUCGCCUUCGGUACUUCCAGCUCUUGAUGAAUGGCAGCUACACUCCCCGGACGCUGCCUGUAGGUGGGGAGGACACCAGGGAAGUUUCCCCUCGGAGCCUGGCAGAAGCAUUAUUGGCCUGUGAGCCCAUCCGCAGGUUGUCAGAAAGCAGCAUGUCUGCUGUGGGAGGAGCGUUGCCGCCCAGCAGCAGCUCCACCACCCCCCUGAGCAUGGAGACGGGCUACUCCAGCCUAAGGCAGGAAACACCCCAGUCCCAGGGUACCCCUCACACCCCACGCCAAACAGGUACGCCUUUCUCUCAAGACUCGAGCUUCUCCAGUCGGCAGUCCACACCUGCGUAUCAGUCCAGCCGUCCUGAGAACUCUGGAGGCUACAAGUCUCGCCGGCAUGAGAGUAAGUUCCAGGAUGCAUACAACCGCAGACCGGAGAGGCCUCAGUAUCACAGCAAUAUGUAUCGGGGAACGCCGUCUGAACAGGCUCCUUUCAAACAGCACCAGAUGACCCCGCCUGAACCUCCACCUUCCACUACUUCUUUCACUUACAAUGCACCUCUACCUGCUACACCCAACUUUAAGUCUGCCUUCUCACCCUACCAAGCUCCUUUGCCUCCCACAUACCCUCCAUCAGAGCCUCCUUUCCAUCACCCAGCCCAAAGGGAGGGGGAUUAUCUCCGACCACCGCAGCCACCGCUUGCAGCUUCCAUUGACUUCUUACCCGUCAAGGACAGACCUUCGACUCCCCCCAUACCAGAGCCGCCACCAGAACCCCUGCCACAUCCCACAACUCCCCCCCCUCAAACCCCAGAGGGCUGUCCCUCACCAGGCUCCCCAGUGCCGGAUCCAGGGCGCAACAGCCUGGAUUCUCGCAUUGAGAUGCUCCUCAAGGAAAAAAGAACAAAACUGCUGCCGUUCCUGGAGGAGCGGGACUCGGACAAUGAGGUGCGAAUGGAGGGAAGUCCGAUUUCCUCCUCGUCCUCUCAGUUAUCCCCAAUCCCUCCUUACACCGGCGGCUCGCAAGGCGGCCAGCAAAACUCCCGUCCCUGCAGCACCGGCUUGGAGGAUAUCAGCCCGACGCCGCUGCCAGACUCGGAAGAUGAAGAGCCGAUCCCUGGAACUGCCUCGCUGAUCAAGAGAAUCAGCUCUCCUGUUCACGAGAAGAUGAGCAACAAUGACCUUAAAGAUGGACCUUUAAGAGGCCACAGUCCCACUGAUAAAAUGGAUACGGAUCAUCAGUCUUCGGGAGAGGACAUGGAAAUCUCCGAAGACGAGAUGCCAGGUGCCCAAAUCACCAGCGGAGACUGUAGCAAGGACAUUGUUGUAAACUCUGCCGUGUCUCCGAUGCAGACUAUUUCCCUCCACCCUGCCAGCUUCCAUCCCUUACAGCACCAAGCUGGCUUUGCUAUCCCACAUCACCAUCUGGCCGCUCACUCCGCCGUGCCGGGACAUCACCUGACUCACCCCGGAGUUCCUCACCAUAUGUUGCCGCCCAUGGGUCACUACCCUCCGGGCAUGCUAGUGCAAAUGGAGCUAAUGAACUGCCUGCAAUGGGAACAGUGGAGCUCAGUUCCCAUGUCCUUCCAGAUGCAGCAGCAGAUGCUGAGUCGCAUGGCUCAGACUAGAGGGCCCUACCCAUACCCACAUUUUAUAGACGGCAGUGCAUUCGGAGGACCCUACCAACCUCUUCCUAUAGGCGCCACACCUGCUAGCAGCACAGGUACGCUUGGACAAGAGUGGCAGAAUCCCAGUUAUCCAAAAUUCAACCCAACGGUUCCUCCUCCUGGGUAUGAAACUAAAAAGGAAGACCCCCACAAGGCCACAGUUGAUGGCGUCCUGCUGGUCAUUGUUAAAGAACUCAAAGCCAUCAUGAAGAGGGACCUCAAUCGUAAAAUGGUGGAAGUCGUGGCUUUUAGGGCUUUCGAUGAGUGGUGGGACAAGAAGGAACAUUCGGCAAAGGUUUCUUUGACUCCACUGAAGGGCAGUGAGGGGAAAGAAGAGGAAAAACCCAAACCCAAAGAGACUAUAGGUUCCAGUCUGCUAGAGAACUGGAACAAGGGGGAAGGCCUCGGCUACGAGGGAAUGGGUUUUGGAAUCGGUUUGCGAGGAGCAAUCCGGUUGCCCUCCUUUAAGGUUAAAAGGAAGGACCCACCUGAGGCUGCUGCAGCAAGCGACAUCAAACGAGCCCGACCGUCCACCCCAGUCGACGAUGAGCUAGAGGAUGAAGACCGAGAUCGAGAAGUAGCUGAGCUUCCCUUGGACGAUUCCAAAAUGGAUGCCGACGGCACAGCAGCAAAGCGACGACACUCACGACCGCGUGAACUGGACAGUGAGGGCGAGGAAGAGGUGGACACCUCGGAGAAGGAAGAGGAGUCACUCUCUGACAGGGAGGAAGAAUCAACAGGCUCCGUUGAUGCCAAGCUUGCAGAGAGGCCGUCGCCAGGCAAUGAGAGCAGUGAUGAGGAGGGCAACGACGAACAUGAGGGAGACUCAUCCAGUGGCAGCGAAUCUUCAGAUUCAUCCGAUGAAGAAGCUGACAGUUUGGCUUCCUCCAAGGCCAGCUCAGACUCCUCAGCAGAAAGCUCAGAGUCCUUGGUAGAGAGCUCAGAUUCCUCUGAGUACGAGUUAGACUCAGAAGAGGAGGAAGAAGAGACGGCAGCGGAUGUUGAAGCGGGUCACAAAGCUGCAGUGUCCUCUUCGACUUCCUCUUCCUCCUCAUCUUCAUCCUCCGAUGAAGAGAAUGAGGAGGCAGACACCAAGCCACCGAGCCCUCCCACAGGACCAGUCAGGGAAGUAACGGAGGACCACCGGGAUGGGGAGGAUCUAAGUAGCAAAUCCAAACCAAGACCGCCCAGUCCUGAGGAGGAGGGAGGGGAAGACCUGAAGCCGCCGUCACCCAAAGCUGUCCUAGGCACCAAGCGAGACAUCUUUGUUGAUGACAGUAUCCCUGCACUGAAGUCUGAACCUCUCGAGCAUGUAGCAAACCUUCGGCCACCGACCCCCACGGGCGUCCUGCUGGACAGUGACCAAGACAAAAAAACCAAAGGUAAAGCAGAGCGUGAAGAAAUAGCCUGCCCCCCGAGUCAUUUAGCCCUAUCCACCGUAGAUUCAAACGCACCCGUCCCCAAAGCAGCCUCAGCAUCUUUAAUGCACCUCCCUCUCCCUGCUCACCCUUCAGUAGAAGGUCGUUCCCUCCUCCACCCGCCCCCCGGUCCUCUGCCCGACCUCUCUCAGCGGCCCAGGCUACCCACCGACGAGGACAUCCCCCGCACACCAGGUAGGGACCUGACGGAGCGUGUCCGGGGUUUGGGGAAAUCCCAGAGCACCGAGACUGUUCCUAUUACACCAGGUAGUGAAGGCCCUCUGACAGGUAGCAGUCUAUUACUCAGCUCCCCUCACAUCCCCGGUAGUCCCUUCUCCUACCCCGCACAGUCCCCUGUCCUCAGUGCUGGACUGCCUCCUACUCCAGGAAGAGACUUGACAUUCCUCCCCGUCUUCCCCGACCCCACAGCACUGACACUUAACAGGAAAGUGUCCUCUGAAAGCCUGGAUGAUAGACCAGUCUUCAAGGAGCCACCCAUCAACUCACUGCCUAACCAGACCCUGCCAGCCGGGGGAGACCUCUCCGCCAGCCUCCCCGAGGAUCUUCCUGCUGCUCUUUCUAAAGACGUCCCUCUGGCAUCAGAUGCCACCCCAUCAAAGAAAAAACCUGGGCGACCCAAAGGCAAAAAGCCCCUAACCGUCUCUUCCACCGAUGAGUCUUUAGAGCUGUCGUCUGCCUCCACGCCUCUGCCCCACGAAGCACAAUUAGGAGAUCAAUCCAAGCAAAUCGUGUCCUCCAAGUCGCCCAAACACCCCAGCCUGGACUUCCGGGAAGGAGAGAUUGAGCCUCAAACUGCGUUACCAGCGGAUGACGACUUCCUCUCCUAUGAAGACGAGGUACCGGUCACCAAGCCACCGAUGCGGAGGACGCGGAGAGGCUGGGAGGAGCUGCUGCUGGGCAGUCUGUCCCCCGUCACCACUCCUCCCCGCUCAUACUUCACCCGACGCUCUGAAUUUGAGGAGAUGACCAUCCUAUAUGACAUCUGGAAUGAUGGCAUUGAUGACGAAGAUAUUCGGCUCCUACAGAUCACGUAUGACAAAAUGCUCCAGCAGGACAAUGGCAACGACUGGCUGAACGACACGCUGUGGGUGAACCAUCCUCCAACCACCAACCCUGGAGUGAAGAAAAAGAGGAGAGAUGAUGGCAUGAGGGAUCACAUGACCGGCUGUGCGCGAAGUGAAGGUUACUAUAAGAUUGACAAAAAGGACAAGAUCAAGUAUCUGCAGAGCUCACGACUACAGUCGGAGGAGCCACCGGUCGACACACAGGGCAUGAGUAUUCCUGCGCAGGUCCACGCCUCUACCAGAGCUGGCUCGGAGCGGCGGUCGGAGCAGCGACGUUUGCUGUCCUCGUUCGCAUGUGACAGUGACCUCCUGAAGUUCAACCAGCUAAAGUUCCGUAAGAAGAAGAUCAGAUUCUGCAAAUCACACAUCCAUGACUGGGGUCUGUUUGCUAUGGAGCCCAUUGCUGCUGAUGAAAUGGUGAUCGAGUAUGUGGGACAGAACAUCAGACAGGUGAUUGCGGACAUGCGAGAGAAGCGCUACGAAGAGGAGGGUAUCGGUAGCAGCUACAUGUUCCGGGUGGACCACGACACUAUCAUAGAUGCUACCAAGUGUGGCAACUUUGCCCGUUUCAUAAACCACAGCUGCAACCCCAACUGUUAUGCGAAAGUCAUCACAGUGGAGUCUCAGAAGAAGAUUGUGAUCUACUCCAGACAGCCAAUUACUGUGAACGAAGAGAUCACGUAUGACUACAAGUUCCCCAUUGAAGAUGAGAAGAUCCCCUGUUUGUGUGGGGCUGAGAACUGCAGAGGAACGCUCAAUUAACGUCCAUUGCAGGUCAGAAGACUCUCCCACAGGGUGUAAAAGUGCUGACCCUAAACUUUCCCAGGAGGAGGAGGAGGAGGAACUGAUGUGGGCUAAGCUAAGAAUCUGGACAGUCACCCAGAUAAAGCUACCUGUACGGCACUCUUCAUACAUAAAACUCUAGAUUGUUUACGAUUUAUGGUGCUCUUAAAUGAAAAACACUUUGUUUUUCUUUUGUGUGAACACAUGACUUGCUGGUGCAGCAUUUCCUACCCUCGCCUCGAUGUCGGACAGUAUUUAAACACGGUUCCUUCCACAUCCAGCUGUGGUUUGUGCAAAUGUCACGUCUUUCGCCCCUCAUUUGUCUAAUAAGCUUUAGCCACAUCACAUGUGGUACAAAAAAAACAAAACAACACAAAUUCACAUGUUCAGCUGCUUACUAACACUGUUGUGAUGCACAAACGUCCACCUGGUAAACCCUUGUGGAAGGUGGGGGGCUGGAGGCUCCAGAGCUAAUUUGCUGCUACCUCUGCUGCAUUACUUUUCCUUGGAAAUAAAUCAAACUAAAAGAAAUCACGUUAAACAACAGAAAUGGUUAAAUCUUGUUGUAAAAAAAAGAAAUCUGGAAUAUUUACAAAUGUCUCCUACUUCUACCAGCCAAGAAUGGAUCAUACUGAUCAUACUGCAUCCCAUUAGUUUAUGCAAGAUUGUCAUUAAUCUUAUUCCAGUGUUUUCUGGUUUGUUUAGGAAGUGCUUGAUUCUUCAAAGACUGUGUGUGUGUGUGUGUGUGUGUGUGUGUGUGUGUGUGUGUGUGUGUGUGUGUGUGUGUGUGUGUGUGUGUGUGUGUGUGUGUGUGUGUGUGUGUGUAUCACCAUGACUUGAUGGUGUGUGAGGAUGUGAGUGCUGCCCCCUGUAGGCUGCGCUGGAGAACUGCUCAUCCACACUUAGGGAUGGAUGUGAAACGAGUUUGUCUGCACCCGCUGAAAAAAAAAUCUGAAAACUUUGAGAAAGUUAUUAUUUCUCUUUUCAAGUGCCAUACGAAUGUCUCACUGUUUGUUUUAACUUUAGUGUUCCUGCAGAAAUGUGUUAACAAGCACAUGCGAUAAACGUCUGCCUGUUUUGGGGUUUUCGAUAAAGAUGUUUUGGCUUCCUUUUGUUUGUAUCUGGAAUGACUGUCUUAUGUUUGCAGGGUCAGACAUUCUUUAUCUCCAACUUUUGUUAUUGUACCAGUGUCUUUAAGAGUUCCAGUGACACUGAAGAGUUUCCACGACCUUGUCACAGUCUGCAGGGUCAAUCUUUCUGUACAAUUCUUUGAUUUAAAAAGAAAAAAAAUUGCUGAAUGCACUCGAAGCUUGCACUCCUGCUUCCCAUCGUCUCUUAACCAGUCAGCCCCCCUUGAAGACCAAGUCAUUGCUUCAGUUUGAUUCAGAAUGGAGAUUUUUUUUCACAACUGAUGUUCAUAUUGUAUAUGAUUACUUGUACAGAAGAUUUAAAGUUGUUUUUUUUUUUUUAUCUUCACAAAGGUAACACUUUCAAGAUCCAUCUCUCUCUUUUUUUUCACAAAAGACUGAGUAUUUAAAAUAUUUUCAGGGAUCUGUAAAAGGAAUCUGAUAGUUUGAAAGGAUGUUUAUUUAAAGAAAAAGGUCCACUGUGUACAGGAAAAGUCUCCACUUCCCUUAUGAGAGAUUGUUUCUUGUAGAAACAUCUUCAUUUUCUGCCCAUUUGCUUUGUAAUCCUAAAAUAUGUAAAUAGAGUAACUGUGAAUAUUAAAUAUAUCUAUAUAUAUUUUUGUUCCCUGGGAUUUGCUACGUGACUCAGCUCAGACAUCUGAGUAUCAUGAGGUGAGCGCUGAGCUGGUAGCAGAAAAUUCAGCUUGUGUCAAGCUUUUUUUUUCUUUUUUUUAUUUUGUGUUGUAAAUUCUAUGAACAGUUGUUUGCAGUGUGGAGAAUAAAAAAAAGUUGCAGAAUCGGCAUGGGAAGAGGACUGAAGGAUCAGCCCUGAUUCUUGUGUCUAUUUAUUAUAUGAGAAAUGUAUGAAAAAGAAAAAAGUUAAAUAAAGCAAUUUUGCAUACAUCUAUUAACACCUUUUGGGUUGUUUUUUUUUUCAUAAAACUUUGUGAGCACAAUAUAGGAGACAGCAUGAAUGAAUCUAUUGGCUAAAUGAUGACCAUCUCUAAUGUGUCAACUGUCACACUGAAUGUUCUUGAAUUAAAACCUGA